AUGAUUAAUUAAUAUUAGAACUAUAUUUUAAUCAUACUUCUACUAUCUGCUAAGUUAGUGUUUGGAAUUACCUCAAGCUCUUAUGACUUCAUUUUUCAAUAGAUUCAAUUUCCUCCACAGCUUUUCUCUACUAAAUAACAGAUUUCUUCUACUUCCUCUAACAAAGAUUAUACAGUUGUAUCUUUUUUAACAAACGGAAUUAAAUGGAUUGACAACAACAAAUAAUAGCCAAUAGACAAUGCCAUUAACACUUUAAUUGGUAAAAGUAUAAGUGCAAUUGCUAUAACAUAGGAUAGUUAGUUUCUAUUUACCUCAUGUGAUAACAGGCUAUCAAUGUAUUCUGUCUUACUUAAGUAAAAUUUCAAUCUAAUAUAAAUUAAAUAGAGUAAAGAGUAAUAUGGUGUAAUUACAAAUAUUUAUCUGGUCUAAAAUGAUAAAAUAGCUAUAUUACUAGGAGAUAAAGGAGCAAUUAUUGCUUAUGAUAUUUAAUCGAAGUUAUAAUCUGAUUCGAUGCCAAUUUUAGCCACAUAUUUUGCUAAAUCUAAUAAUAUUAUGGGAUUUAUUAGGAUUACUGAUGACUUUAAGUGGAUUUUUGUUGCUGAUUUAUCUGCUGGUGUUUAUGUGCUAAAAUUAACAAUUACUCUUGAUUCAAACUAAUAGGUCACGGCAGUAACUAUGCCUUAAGCUGCUUGGGCUUAUGCUCGUUACACUAAUUAAGUUGAAGUUACCAAAGAUCUUAAAUGGAUGAUUAUUCUUGAAUCGUGGAGGGGACUUAGAGUUAUUCCUUUAGCUAAUUUAUUUACUGCAGAUCCCUCGACCUAUCCAAUAACUUUGCCAAAUCAAGAUCUUUGGUGGUAUAAUUUGCUACAAUAACCAGUAUUUUAUGGGUCAUAUCUAUCUUAAGAUUCUAAGUAUUUAAUAACAGCAAUUCGUUCAUAAGGACUCAUAAUUUUUGAUGUUAGCCAGCCUUCUAAUCCAGUUUAAUACUACUAAAUUAAAAUCCCAGGCUGCCCAACCAGAAUAGAAAUGGUUAAUACUUAGAAUCUACUUUUUUAUACUGACGGCAUAUAACUUCUAGCUUUUUAGAGAGUGUAACCAAAUAUGAAUGACAAUUUUCCUAAUAUUUUUAAUGGUCAUUAAUCGAAAUUGUUUUCUUAUUCAUCAUCAUUUGCUCAGUGGAGAUGCUAUGUUUCUUAAGAGUAAACAUUUAUUAUUGCUGCACAAUGCGGAGAUUUAGAUUUUCUUUAACUGAAAGGCGGAGAUCCUUAUAAUAUAUCAUUAUUUAAGAGAAUGAGUGCAAUCCAAAAUACUAGAACUUGUACUAUGGUUUUUUAUGAUAAUAACCGCUACAUGUACAGACCAGUUAGAGAAAAUGGAGCUUUCAUGUACAUUUAUGACAUCCAAAAUAUCGCUAAUUAUGCAAAGACUGAUUUCCCUAUUGUUGGAACUGUUAAAGAUAGUAAUCCACCAAGAGGAGAAGAUCUUGUCUUUUCGAAGGACGAAAAUCUGUUGAUUGUCAAUUACAACUAAGGAAUUGUUAUUUUAGAUUCAACAGACAAAUUCAAUUUGAAAAUCUUAAGCUACUGGAACAUUCCAUUAUAAUUGAAUGGAUAUACUUCUGCGAUCGCCUUAACUGAUGAUAACAAAUACUGUAUUGUAGCCUCAAGGACAAUAGGAAUGUUUUUUUUAAUUGAUAUUUCUGAUUCUACAAAACCAAAUCUUAUUAAUUAAAUUUACACAAAUGGAGCUGAAUUAAUUGUCAAAUCUUCAAUUUACUAAAACAUCGCAUAUGUAUGUGAUGGUACUUCGGGUUUUGCAAUUCUUGAUUUAUCAGCUUUGCCCUAAUUUAAAUUUAUUAGCAGAAUUACCAUUGAUGGAUGGGCUAAUCAUAUCACAUUGAUUUAAAAUGAAAAAUAUGCAAUUAUUUCUUCAAUGGAUUACAGCGGUAUGAUUAAUGUUAUAGACCUUAAUGACUUAAACAAUCCUUAUGUUUUAAGCAAAUACAUUGAAAAUAAUGAAUAAUCUAUUUCUAAUUGUGUCUUAAACAAUUUGUAGUACGCUUUUUCUACAAGUAAUAAAGGUUUGAGAAUUUUUCCUCUCAAGAGUUAAGUUGCUAUUCACUCUUCAUUUUAUGAAAUUCAACCCAACAACCAGCUUAAAGCAAUAUCAAAUAAUCUUAAAAUAGGUCAAAACAUUUUAAUUCAGCUUCUGCUUAUUUAUAUCGUUGAUGGAAUGUAAAUUAUGGACGUGUUCUAUUAUAAUAAUUACCAAAGAAACGCUCUACCAAGCUGGAUCUAAUUCAUAUAGAUAAAUAACUCUAUACAAAUUUUAGUUGACAAGCAAGGAUCAUAGUCCUUAACAACUCCUACUUAAAAUUUACUAAUUAUUAAAACAGGAAUUCCCAUAACUAGUUAGAGCUUUAUCUAUCCGGAAAUUCCUACAGAUGCAAAUGGAAGUCAGCAAAUAUACCUAUUCCUUAAAGAAAGUGGUAUAAUUUCAAGUAAUAAUUUAGUAUCCUCAGCCUUUGAUCCUAAUACUCCUCUUAACUUAUCUUCGUUGUAAGUUCCUUAGAGUCAACGCUUAAAUGAUUUAGUCAUUCUAACUUUAUAGCGCGGUAUCUAUUACAAUCCUAUUGCCUUUACUGUUUCGAAUUCACUCACUUUUGACCCAACUAGAAAUUAGAUGAUUGAAACAUAUUCCUCAGAAGUGACAGUUUAAAUAACGAUAGAUUUGGAAAAAUCUACUAAUGGUACAUUCGUUUAGAAGUAGUACUAAGGGGUAGUUGUAUCAAUCUCAAAUAAUGGCGCUUCAAUUUUAAUUUAUGGUACAGUUGAAGCAGUUAAUUCAGUUAUGAAAUAAAAGAUAUUUUACUAUUUAAAUCCAAAUCUUAACUAAAUCAAUAACUUCAAUGUGAAUUUACUUAUUAUUGAUAAUUUGAAUCCAAAUUUAGUAAUAAAUUAAUCUCUAUCAGAUGCAGUAGAUUGUUACAUCCAUUUAAAAUCUCUAAUAUCUUAGACAGCUCCUCUUUAAUAAUAAAUAAAUGAAUAAUUUAGCAGUGCAGAGUUAACUGUCCUCGAAUAAACUACAAUAACUUUUUUAGCAAAUACUUUCAAAGAUGUAGAUGGGUUCCCAAUAAACUACGAAGUAGAAAUAAAAUCUAGUUAAUUUUAAAACACUUUUGUUGCACUUUCUAGCGAUUAUUGGCUUAAAUUUCAACCUGUAUCAUUUACAUUUAAUGGUAUUGCUCCAAUAUCUUUGCUAAACACACAAAUAACUAUCAAAGUGAGUGCAACAGAUGGAUAUUCAACAUUUUCUGACUAAUUUAUAAUCAAGCUUAAUAAACUUCCCUUAAGCUAUAUUUUAAACCUCUUAUUUUAAAUAGCCACUCCUCUACUUAGUUUUUUUGGUAUAUAUAAAUAUAAAUACUUAUUCAUCAACUCUAUUUACCACAAGCAAGUAAUAUAUUCUUAAGAAAAGGUAAAUUAUAAUAAACUCUUUGUUAAAUGUAUUCCAUUACUUGACUAAAAUGUAUUACUUGCUUAAUAUAUUGUUAAUUAAUACAUAAAAUAGCUAGAAAAAAAAAAAAAUGUUAGCUAAGUUUUAAAUAAAGACUUGAAACCGUUAAGCGUAAGAGAAGCUUAAUAGCCAUAAGAAGUAAGCAAAGAUAGCUCAAAAGAAAUUUUUGCUUCUAAACUUAAAAAAAAAAUAAAAAUAAAAAAAAACCAUGAUUAACACUAAAAUAAAUAAGAGCAUGAUAUCAUUGAAGAAUAGAAUGAUAAUCUAUAUUAAUUUCAAAUGUAAGAUGGUAGAAUUGAUAUGGUAAAAUUAAUCGAUGAUAUGGAUAAGAUUAAUUUAACUUACAAAUUUUUUGGCAUUUAAAGAUUUUUCAGUAAAGACAGGUAAAAGAUUUUAUAAAAAAAUGAAACUUUAAUUUUUGAAAGCAUUAAAAUUCUCAUGUAAAAGUUUAUUUUAAAAGAAAAUAAAUAAUUGAUGGACUUCUAUUAGUUCUUGCAAAAUGAAGCAAUUUAAUCUUAGAAAUAUUCUGCAAAUGAUUGGUAUAGAGUAUAUAUACGUAUUGGAAUAAGUGAAUGUGAAGAACUAUAAAAUAAAGUAGUUAUUGAAGCUAUUACAUUAAAUGAGGUGUUCUAAAGUUUCAGUGUAAAAGAAUAACAAGUUAUUGAUGCAUUUUAAUAAUAUAAAGAAAAAAUCAAAAGAAAAAACAAGCUUACUGAACUUAAUACUGUUCAUUUAAAUAUCUUGAAAGAUGUUUUGAUUGGUGAUGGUAUUGGAAUUGUUGAUUAUGAACUAGGCUACUUUAAAAAAUGCGUUGGAGAAUCUUUGUGGCUAGGCAUGCAAAACAUAGUAGGAAUUUAGGCGCAUGUAAGAGAUAUAGACAGUUGUAUUCUCCCUCUCAAGAAAUGCAUGAACUGCGACUAUUUACAUUAUGGUUUACAAAACAAUAUGAAGCUACCAAAUUGGUUAAAUUUUAUCCAUAAAAAUGGAUUAAUUAUUCUAAAGGGAACUCCAACUGAAGAUGACAUUGAAGUUUUUUAGAUUAGAAUUUCUGAUAUAUCAAAUUAUGUAGUAAAAAUAUUUAACAUAGAAGUUCUUCAAAAUUUGAAGGAAAUAGAAGAAGCAUAGUUAAAAUAAAAAUCAUUUGAAAAGUAAAAAAGCCAAUUAACUGCCAGCACUUCUGUGUAGAAAAGAAAUACAAUCAAUAUUCAAUCUCUACUGCAAAAAUCAAUUAUCCAGAUAAAUGAUUUGUCAAAUAAUUUUGAUAGAAUUAUAAAAAAUUAAAAAUAUCAAAAUAUUUUUAAAACAGAAGAAAAAUUAAAUAAGUCUCCUUUUGUUAAGUAAUCGAUAUUUGAUUCUCAAGAUUAGAAUGAUUUAACUGAAUAUACCUAAUAUGAGUCAUCUCCUUAAUUUCAACCAAUAAAAGCUAUAUUUUCUAAUAAAUCAAAUAAUUUAUAAUUAAUAGAUUUUAAAAAUCUCAAUAAUUGA